CCUCUGUGCUGAGCACAUCUACUCCCCUAACUUCUUCUUGCAUCUGCUGAUGAAGAGGGUGAACAAAACCUGAAGGUCUCUGUUCUCUUUUAAUCUCUAAAAGAGCAACCAUCUCCCUUUGAAAUGGGUGGCCCAGAGAGGGCUCUUCUGGGAGGAUUCAGCACAACUAUCUCUUCCCUAGAAGUUGCUGGCCCAAUGACCUGGCCAAGCAACAACCCCCUUGACCUCAACCAAACCCUUCCAUGGGGGAUGGGCAGCAACGUUGGCGGGGUGGGUGCAGCAGCCAUGAGUUUAGGAUUGGACAAUUAUACUACACAAGAAUCCAUCACCAGGACUGUGAUGAAAGAGAAAAACUGGCCGGCACUGCUCAUUCUCGUCAUCAUCGCAUUGACGGUUGGUGGAAACAUAUUGGUCAUCCUGGCAGUUUCUCUAGAGAAGAAACUACAAAAUGCCACUAACUUCUUCCUGAGGUCCCUGGCUGUAGCAGACAUGCUCGUGGGGAUCUUGGUCAUGCCAAUUUCUCUUAUUAACAUCCUCUACGACUAUGCCUGGCCUCUCCCCAGCGCCCUGUGCCCGAUUUGGAUCUAUCUGGAUGUGUUGUUCUCCACGGCCUCCAUCAUGCACCUCUGUGCCAUCUCCCUGGAUCGAUACGUCGCCAUUCGCAACCCCAUAGAACACAGCCGCUUCAACUCAAGAACCAAAGCCAUGAUGAAGAUCGCUGCUGUCUGGACCAUAUCUAUAGGUGUGUCGAUGCCCAUUCCAGUGAUCGGCCUCCACAAUGAGGACAAGGUCUUUGUCAAUGGCAGCUGUGCCCUCAAUGAGGAACGCUUUAUGCUGAUUGGUUCCUUUGUGGCCUUCUUUAUCCCACUGGUCAUCAUGGUAGUGACAUAUUGCCUCACUAUACAGGUGCUCCAGAGGCAGGCCACAGUCUUCCUGUAUGAAUCAAAGACAUCCUCCCAGCAGCCUUUGAACACACCAGCAAUCACAAACACACUGCAGCCCCCGCCGAGCACAGAGUUAAAGCCCCCGCCCCCUCAGAGCAGGCGAAAUACCCUGAGCUGCCUGAAAGGCACCGAGUCCGGCAUUCUGCUCAGCGCCUCCACCUCAGACAGCAUCAGCAUCAUUCCCAGCUCCGAAGUGACAUCGCAGCUCAGCUCUCCAGCUGCUGGUCCAGGCCGGAGUGACCCAUCAGGUUGCCAUGGGCGACGGGGGAUGAUGCAGGCCAUAAAAAAUGAGAGGCGGGCCUCAAAGGUCCUGGGAAUCGUUUUCUUCCUCUUUCUCAUCAUGUGGUGUCCUUUCUUCAUCACCAACGUCACCUUCGUCCUGUGUCGCGGCUCCUGCAAUGAGUCACUGCUUCAUGACCUCCUAAACGUCUUCGUCUGGGUGGGUUACAUCUCCUCCGGAGUCAACCCUCUGGUCUACACCCUCUUCAAUAAGACCUACAGGAGAGCGUUCUCCAGCUACAUCAAGUGUCAGUACAAAGUUGGGGCCAACGCAGCCGGACAGGGUUGUAAAACCCUCCUGGUCCCUCCACAGUGCCCUUCGCACGCCGUGACCCCUCUUCUCCCAAGCAGUCAUGGGAAAGCAGGGGUGGACCGCAACAGUAACUGUCGCAAUGGCAGCAGGGGGGACAAUGGGAGGCUGACGGUGGACCCAGAAGACACAACUGAUGAUGGGACGCAAAUAGGGUUGGUGUCACAGAGCCUCUCCGAAUGCCACAAUGUUGGUAUGCUUUCAGAAACAGAGCCAGAAACAGAGCUGGAGCAGGAGCUGUCGCUCAUCAGCUACAGCCCGGCCUCCACAGAACACACAAGCAGCGUGUGACUGCAUGCUCCUUCUUUGUUUGUCUCCUUUUCAACCCGGCUGAGCAGCGUUUUGACUAGCUGGUGCUUGCAGACUGCAGACUUUGCACCAGUUUUAGGUGUGUGGCUGUAGUGGUAGUGGCUAUUCUGAAAGGUUGAGGGGCCUCAUCUCUACACAGAAGUGCACUAUUCAUAUUCAUGUGGGGAAAAAAUGAGAGAAAACUAAUAUCUCUAAUGUCUUUUUUUUUCUUUUUCUCAAAAUGCCCAUAAAUUGAUAAUGAAGUCAGGCCUUUAUGUGUAUAUAAAUGUGCUCAUUGAUCACAAAAUGUGCUAUAUGUCGUGGGGAUCAGCUGAGAGAGGGGGCAGGAGGUGAGACAACCAGUGAAGCACUAUCUCAUUGCUAACUUGGUAUAAAGUCAAAUGGCCCCCCAGUGGAGUCCUACUGAUGCAGGUUACAGAGUCAAGCACCAACCAGGAGUCAGACUUCAGCUUCAAGCCCUCACAGAGUCAAAAUGCAGUCUGAGCUCCACACAAAGCAAACUCAACCAAGUAUAUUUUGUGCCAUCAAGCUUGACAGCAGCAGUCAUGAAAUCCACCUGAAUGAACCUUUUCAGCAUGUGUAUUCAAACUAUUCAGCUGACAGAAAAGGAAACUUUCUCAAGGCUACCGUCCAAGUUUACCUGAGAGGACCGAAGAUGAAGGAAUGUAGAACUACUACUGGUCUCUGGUGGACUGACAGUGACAUCUGGUGGUCGCUGGGGUCUCUUGAGUUGUUGGAGAGGAUUAAAACAAGAGUUCAAAAGAAGGUGAAAGCCUUUAGCCCAAACAUCUGUCAGGCUACUGCUUUUGUUGACCACCACUUUGGGAACAAAUAAACUCAGAACUUCCAAAAGUUUUUACAAAAAUCCUUCAAUAAUAUCAUCAAUUUCACCAAUUAAUCCAAGAAAGAGUUUUAAACUACAUUUUUUUCUAAGAUCUUCAUCUCUGUCUGAUUGAGUCUUGUGUUUAAACAAGCUGAACAUGGGAAUUCACAGAGAUGAUAUGUGCACAAUAAUGGCUCAAAGAAGGCACAGACCAUGAGAGAUUUUAGUCAAAGCCAGCCAUUACUUCAGUCCCUUUUCUCCUCAAGUCCCUCAGCUACGGGGUUUUCUGUCUGCAGGUCAAAAUUUGCUCAAACCAGACGGUGAAAGACAACAAAGAAAAAAGGGAACACUAAUAGUUUUGCAUAUCUAUCAGCUUUGUCUAGAAACUAAUCAUUUAAUGAGCUAAUCAGACCAUCAGUACAUUACCGUUGGGUUUUAAUAUGGAAAAACAUCCAUCUUUAGGUGUAAAUGGCUGGAUACCACAAACAAAGUGUUUGAGAGGAAAACCCUGACAGGCAGGCCCCCAACUUGCCAGUCUUCUGUUUCAUACUUCUUCCUUCUAUCCAUCCCCUGUUUAUUGACAUCUGACAAACAGAGCAAUUCCUCCACUGGACAUAACUAUGACUCUCUGACUCACAAAAGAUUCAAUUCUGUGUAAAUUUGAGAGAAAGAGAAAAUUCAGUUAUCAAAUGUUUAACACCUUAGAGGAUAAAACUGCACAUCAGCCAAUACUGGCUGUACUGUAAGUAAAAAAUACAUGUGGAAGAACUGAUACCCAUAUGGCAUAAAGAUUAAUCUUUUCACCAUGUUUAGCUAAAUUAGAGUUAUCUUAAAGGAACAUGAUGCAAAAAUGUGGGCUUCAAAAAACAGAAAGUGUCAGAGGUCUUAGAUUUUAUUAGUUUUUAUCAGCUGAGCUGCUGUAAUCUCUGGUAGCUGUUUGCUUAUCAACGUAAUGAUAAUCAGUUACCAGGAAAUAAAGGAUAAUUUACAUUAAAGAAAACUGCUCAAUGGAUUGCCGGAAAUGCAAAUCAAAACUUUGGUUUGGCUGAAAUGCGUUUAACUUUUCUCGAGUAUAAGGUCCCAUUUAAAGCCAGUAAAUUCUGGAAGCCACCUAAAUAAUAAAAAUACUGAAGAUGAACAAAGACUGGAUUUAAAACAGGAUUUAGAUCCUUAACACAUGUCAAAAUUCACAAUAGACUACCUUACGAGGCAUUUGCUGCAGGCACUUGUGUAGACGUCUAAAUAUCACAUUCGCGGUCAGUUCAUCCAAGACAGU